GUUUUGUGACGUUCUCAUGCUUACUCGUCCCUGUUUUGGACUCUGCUGGCUUCUCCAAAUGGGAUCACCAUCAGGGGACAACACUCAGAAGCAUGCAUAAUUGUACUUGUUCUUCUAUUUAUUCAUGAAGCCAAAACCUUUGUUUGCUUUGAUUGCCACCAUUAGCUCUGUUGUUGAGGAAGCAGAGAUCAUAAAAACAUCAAGCUCUCUAAGCAGCUUGAAUUGCCCGGAGGCAAGUAAGGGAAGGUGACUGAUCUAUUGAGGGAAUGACUCAGCCAUAUUACAGGCAAUAGAACUAGCAAGUCAGGGAAAAGGCAAAGAAAUCACUUCCUGGUUGUCUACUGGGAAAACUUUAUUCUUUAGGCAGAAUAGUCUGGACGGGCUCUAAAAGAAAAAACGAAAGUGAAAGCAGAGCAUUCUCCCCAAGAGGAGUCAGAGAAUGUACAUCCAUUCCCACAACGGAGCUCUCCCUAUAGUCCUGGCCAGAAUCUACUCCUUCUACUGCUGUCCUCGCUCUGCUGAAGGAGUCUAAAGUUAGUUAAGAAGGAAUUACUGAAGCCAUCUUGGACAGCAAUCAUGGCAACUGGGCCCAUGAUUGGGGACCUCCUGGAAGAGGUGACCUGCAGUAUAUGCCUGGAAUACAUGAAGGACCCUGUGAGCAUCCUUUGUGGCCACAGCUUCUGCCUGGCCUGCAUCACCAAGUACUGUGUCACUUUUAAAUCCACCAAGGCAGCCAUGUCCUGCCCAUUCUGCGAGAAGUCAUUUCAAGAGGAGGACAUCAGACCCAACUGGAUAUUGGCCAGCUUGGUCUCCAGCCUCCUAACGUUUGAGGACAAGAGUGAGAACACAGCCCAAGAAGUCUGGUUCUGUGAGCGGCACAGAGAAAGGGCCUUUUUCUACUGCCAGGAGGACCAGCAAUUCCUGUGUGUGGUUUGCAAAGACCUCAUACAGCACAGACGCCACUCAGUGCUACAGCAGGGGAAAGAUGCUAGAUCUUACAAGGAUCAAAUCCAGAGCCGCAUGGUGAGUCUGAUGAAAGAGAGAGAGGAGAUUAAGAAGACACAGCAGAUGAGAGAAGAGGCAAUACAGGCCUUAAUGAACCAGAUACAAGCCAAAAAGCAGCAGGUUGUGAGUGAGUACAGACAAACUUGGGAGCUCUUGAAAGCUCAGCAGCACCUCUUCCUGGCAGAAAUGGAGACACUGGAGAAGGAAAUCAAUAGUGGAAAAGAUGAAUAUGUCACCAAAGUGUCCAAGGAACUAACCUAUCUUGACACACUGAUAAAUAAGAUGGAGGAGAGUUCUCACUCAGGAAUGGAGAACCUUAAGGAUGUGAAGAAAUCAGAUAAAAGGUGGAAAUGGGUGCAGAUUCCAACCCCCAUAGCUGUGUCCACAACCCUUGAAAACAGAGUCCUCAAAAUCACAAAUAAGGCUGAUGUACUGCAAGAGAGACUGAAGCGUUUCAGAGACACCUUGUCAGUUGGCAUGGAGAAACACCAAGGGAAAUCUGGGAGUGGGAGUGAUUUUAGCACCAGGAAAAAGCAUUCAGGACAGCCCAAGAUGAAGCCUGUUGUGGAAGCUAAACAGAAAAAUGUAGGACCCAACUGGAACCAAACAUUCAGGCCACCAAAAGCUACAGGAGCAAUGGCCAUCAACCCAAAGAGAGACCAAAGGACGCCUAGAAAUUUUGUGGACCAUAGGUUGAGCUAUCCACCUCAGUCAGAAAUGGCUUCUGUUACAGCAGCCACAAAAACAGAAGUGGUCCUGGACCCAGACACUGCUCACCCAAAGCUCCUGAUCUCAGAGGAUGGGAAACGUGUGACUAUGAGAGGCUCUCUGCAAGGGCCAUCUGCUCAUCCCAAGAGAUUCGACACCAACCUCUAUGUGCUGGGUCGGGAGGGCUACUCCUCUGGGACCCACAGCUGGACGGUGGAACUGUCAUACUGGGGAGACUGCAUCCUAGGGGUAGCUCGAGAAUCAGUGAGAAGAAAGGGAAGGAUCUCCCUCAGUCAGAGAGAGGGGAUCUGGGCUCUGAGGGUCACCAAGGGGCAGUUCUGGGCUCUCACAAUUCCAGAAAACAAACUGUCCUUGGAUGGAAAUCCCCAGAAGGUAGGGGUGACCUUAGAUUUCAGGAAGGGGCAGGUGACCUUUUCUAAUGCAGAUAAAGAGGCUACCAUUUUUACUUUUCAAGAUUCUUUUACAGGAAAAAUAGUCCCAUUCUUUGGGCUCUAUGGUCCAGGGGCACAACUGACUCUGUAUCCCUGAGAUGGGCAUGACUUUCCCAUGGCAUCUUAUGAAAACCUGCUCAGAAAUGGGUUUUUAAUGGCAUGGGUCAGUGGUUCCUAUCGUUUUAGACCCAUCUUGGCCAUCAAUGAAGAGAUGGCAGUCUCCCUGCCAUCACAUCUCUCUGAUUCUUGAGGAUUGCAAGAGGUCCAUUUCUCCACGUAUCAACUGGAUCUGCCCCACUGAUUGUCAGGUGUGCCAGUUUGGAUAUAUUAUGUCCCCCAGAAAAAAAGCCAUGUUCUUUAAUGCAAUCUUGUGGGGGCAGAUGUGUUAGUAUUGAUUAGGUUGGAAUCCUUUGAUUGUUUCCAUGGAGACGUGACUCAGUCAACUGUGAGUGAAACGUUUGAUUGGAUAAUUUCCUUGAAGAUAUGGACCCUUCCCAUUCAAGGUGCGUCUUGAUUUAAUUACUGGAGUACUUUAAAAAGAGCCACUGGCUCAGAUGCUUGCCGCAGCCAAGAGGGACACUUUGAAGAAUGCACAGGAGCUGACAGUGGAGCUGGAACGCAACCUGGGAGCAAGC